UUCUCCGCACGGUGAAGGUUUUUUAUUCGUGACCUACUUACCAUACAGUAUUAAAUUAAUGUCUUGCUGGUGAACCGAAACAGAUUUCAACUUAUGCGAAUGCAAAGGAGAGAUGGACAUUUCAUCGCUGUGUAUCGUGGUGAUAGUAACCUUCCUGGCAUCGAUUGCGUUUUUGUCGGUUAUAAAAAAGAAGGUCUCAGGCAGCGGUACUAAUGCAUCGGGCAGAGACAUCCCAGGACUGAAGGUCAGCCAUGCCCAACACGGAAACCUUGAUCUGAUUACUAAACACGGUGGAUUUAAUGGGUUUCUGCUGUGGCUCCAUCAGCAGUAUGGACCCAUAGCAAAGUUCUGGUUUGGAGAACAAAUGGUGGUCAGCAUCGCCUCUCCUCAACUGUUCAAAGAAACCUCCCGUAUGUUUGACAGACCUGGUAAGUAA